GCCGAUCGUUCCUGAGGCGGCAGAGGAGUCGGACGGGAGAGUUUGGCGGGCGGUGAUGGCUGCGCUGAAGUACGCCGGCUUGGACGACACGGACAGCGACGAGGAGCUGCCGCCCGGCUGGGAGGAGCGGACCACCAAGGACGGCUGGGUCUAUUACGCCAAUCACCUUGAAGAGAGAACUCAGUGGGACCAUCCCAAGUCUGGAAAACGGAAGCGUGUUGCAGGAGAUUUGCCAUAUGGGUGGGAGCAAGAAACGGAUGAAAAUGGACAAGUCUAUUUUGUUGACCAUAUAAACAAAAGGACAACAUACCUUGACCCAAGACUGGCGUUCACAGUGGAAGAUAAUCCAAUGAAACCCAAUGCCAAGCAGAAGUAUGAUGGAAACACUACUGCGAUGGAAAUUCUUCAGGGGCGAGAUAUGAGUGGAAAAGUAAUCGUAAUCACUGGAGCAAAUGCAGGAAUAGGCUUUGAGACAGCAAGGUCCUUUGCACUUCACGGAGCACAUAUUAUCCUUGCCUGCCGGGAUAUGACGAAAACUAAUGAAGCUGUGCAGCGUAUCUUGGAAGAAUGGCACAAAGCCAAGGUGGAAGCAAUGAACUUAGACCUUGCAUCUCUUCGGAGCGUACAGGAGUUUGCUGAAGCAUUCAAAUCCAAGAAUAUACCUCUCCAUAUUCUGAUCUGCAACGCUGGUAUUUUCGGGGUCCCUUGGCAGUUGACUGAAGAUGGUCUGGAGUCUGUGUUCCAGGUCAAUCAUCUGGGGCACUUUUACCUCAUUCAGCUUCUCAGAGAUGUUCUCUGCCGCUCAGCUCCUGCCCGAAUUGUGAUAGUUUCAUCCGAAUCUCACAGGUUUUCAGAAAUUAAUGGCCCCACAGGAAAACUUGACUUAAAUCUGCUUUCUCCAGCUAAAAAAGAUUACUGGUCUAUGGUAGCCUACAAUCGGUCGAAACUGUGCAACAUUCUGGUAUCCAAUGAGCUCAACCGCCGUCUUUCCCCCCAUGGGGUGACAUCAAACACCUUGCAUCCUGGGAAUAUGAUGUAUUCGUCCCUUCAUCGCUACUCGUGGCUGUAUAAGCUGCUGUUUACUUUGGUUCGUCCUUUUACGAAGUCCAUGCAACAAGGAGCUGCCACCACUGUCUACUGUGCUUGUGCCCCAGAAUUGGAAGGCCUGGGCGGGAUGUACUUCAACAACUGCUGCCGUUGCCCACCAUCAGGAGAGGCAGAGAAUGCUGAAACCGCAGCGGCCUUGUGGGAGCUGAGUGAGAAGCUAAUCCAAGAACGAACUGGCAACUUCAGCAAGUAGCAAGGUCUUCUGGAAGGAUGGAAAACCUACUGAGUAUAGGUACUCGGGCAGAGAGAGAGAGAGAGAGAGAGAGAGAGAGAAAGAGAGAGAGAGGUGGGUGGGGGGGAAGAGAAAAGAAAAACUGCCAGCACUGGAACCUUUCCAAGCCUAUCAUCUAGAAGUUUACAUAUAUAGCUUAGCUAGUGUUAUAUGAUAGCAGUUAUGACAUAGAGAGCAAUGAUAAAAAAAAAAGGUGGAGGGUUGGGGGAACAAGGAAGGAUUUGCAGACAAUGUAACUUUGCCAGCUUUUAGGCCUUCUGAAUUUAGUUUAUUUGAUUAUUCCCAGUUCAGAGUAUAGGCCACCAAAGGACCAAGGGGCAACCUUGCACAUUUUUUUUUUUUUUUAGGUGUACAUCUCCCCUUGAAAAAAAUGUACAUCUAAAAAAAGAUGACAGCACAUGUAAAAAAUGUGUAUGAUAUAGGUACACUUAUCAGGGAGUUGUUGCAUAAUGUGUGAGCGGCCUACAGUGCCAUCCUAGGUGGAGUGACACACUUGUAAGCCUACUGAGAUCAUUGGGCUUACAAGGGUGUCACUCUACUUAGGAUGGCACUGUGACUUUCUCAUGUGUUAAAAAACAAAUGGCUCAGAAUACAGGAACCACCGCCAAAGUUUCACUUUGCAAUCAGGGCAUUUAGUCUCUGAUGAGGGCCUUCCAUUGCCUGUGUUGCUGAUAGCGGUUAACAUUUAGUGGAUGUGACAAAACCACCCACAACUUUUAAAUAAUCAAAAAAGUCUCAUUGCUGCAAAUAAAACUACCUUGCCAAGAAAGAGAAGGUGCCCAAAGUCCAGGUUACGUUGUUUCUAAUUAAAUAUAUUGCAAGAUUUCCUUAAAAUAUGAUAUUAAAAGGUACAUUUGCAAACCAUUCUCUAAAUAUGAUUGGGAUAAUAUUGUCUCUUUAUAAACACCGAGGGUGUAAUCAAUCGAUGGGGGUUCAAAGGUAUUCCAUCCCAGUUUUAAGGAGGGU